CGGCGUCAUGCUCGCCGGAGCGCGCCGCGCGGGGCGGCGCCACCUCCUCGCGGGGGCGCUCCUCCUGGCCCUGCUCGCGUCGGGGCACUGCCUGGACGCCGCGCACCACAGCAGCCGCAACCAGAAGCGGCGCCUCCGGAAGAAGCACGAGAUCCACUCCCCCGUCAAGACGGUGGUGGUGGUGGUCAUGGAGAACCGCAGCUUCGACCACGUCCUCGGCUGGCUCCGCUCGUCCCGGCCCGACAUCGACGGCCUCACGGGCGCCGAGUCCAACCGCCUCAACCUCUCCGACCCGGCGUCGCCCGAGAUCUUCGUCACGGACCGCGCCGGCUACGUCGACUCCGACCCCGGCCACGGCUUCGAGGACAUCCGCGAGCAGAUCUUCGGCUCCGCCGACACCUCCGCGUCGCCCGCCCCCAUGUCCGGCUUCGCGCAGAACGCGCGCGCCAUGGGCCUCGGCAUGCCGCAGAACGUCAUGAGCGGCUUCGCGCCCGACUCCGUCCCCGUCUACGCCGCGCUCGCCGACGAGUUCGCCGUGUUCGACCGAUGGUUCGCGUCCGUGCCCACCUCCACGCAGCCCAACCGCCUCUUCGUGCACUCGGCGACCUCCCACGGCCUCACCUUCAACGCCCGCAAGGACCUCAUCAACGGCUUCCCGCAGAAGACCAUCUUCGACAGCCUCGACGAGAACGGCCUCUCCUUCGGCAUCUACUACCAGAACAUCCCCGCCACGCUCUUCUACCAGAGCCUGCGCCGACUCAAGCACCUCGUCAAGUUCCACCAGUACAGCCUCAGGUUCAAGCACGACGCCGCCAAGGGCAACCUGCCCAACUACGUCGUCAUCGAGCAGAGGUACUUCGACUGCAAGGAGUUCCCCGCCAACGAUGACCACCCGUCGCACGAUGUCGCCAGGGGGCAGAGGUUUGUCAAGGAGGUCUACGAGACGCUGCGAGCCAGCCCGCAGUGGAAUGAGACGGCCCUCAUCAUCACGUACGAUGAGCAUGGAGGGUUCUAUGACCAUGUCCCCACACCGGUGGAGGGAGUGCCCCAGCCCGAUGGGAUUGUUGGCCCUGAUCCUUACUACUUCAAGUUUGAGCGCCUUGGGGUGCGCGUGCCCAGCUUCCUCAUCUCGCCCUGGGUUGAAAAGGGCACUGUGAUCCAUGAACCAAAUGGCCCGCAAGCGAACUCGCAGUAUGAGCAUUCAUCCAUUCCUGCAACAGUGAAGAAGCUAUUUAAUUUACAUUCUAACUUUCUGACGAAGAGGGAUGCAUGGGCUGGGACCUUUGAGAAUUACCUCAAAAUUCGAAAAACGCCAAGAACUGAUUGUCCAGAGAAACUACCAGAGGUCACAAAGUCUCUUCGACCGUUCGGUGCUAAUGAAGACAAAGCUCUCUCGGAGUUUCAAGUGGAGUUGAUUCAACUUGCCUCUCAGAUUAACGGUGACCAUGUGCUCAACACUUAUCCAGAUAUUGGCAAGACAAUGACUGUAGUGGAAGCAAAUCGCUAUGCAGAGGAUGCUGUCGCUAGAUUCCUUGAAGCUGGCAGGAUAGCGCUUAGAGCUGGCGCGAAUGAAUCUGCUCUGGUGACGAUGAGGCCUGCACUCACCAGCAGAGCCGCAAUGUCCUCCGGUUUAACAUCUGAACUCUGAUGGAUUGUUCAUGAUUGGCACUACAUCAGCUGCAACAUAUGGUUGCAGUCCGUAAUGAAUAGAGAUCUUAAACAUGGCUUUUUGUACAUAGACACCAUAUGAUACUUCGCAUCUGAAGCUUACUUCAGCGGAUCCUUGUGGUCACGCUGUGAUAGCAGCUCAGGAGUAUCGCCCGACACACCAAAUGCAUGCUAAAAUCCCCUUUUGGAUAAGCUGUAGCUGGUAUUUGUUAUCCGUUGUUGGGAAAUUGUACCUAUUCAGCUCUCUACUGUGAACUGCACAUGGUAUUGUACGAACUAUAUAAUGUACGAAUUAUUGGCGUGUUACCUAGAA